CGUCUUCUUUUUAGAAGGUAGACCCUCUUGCUUUUCUUAAGGCUAUUAAAUUUUCUGAUGCAAUCUUUUUGGAGCAGCGUGUGGCAAGGACACUCUACUAUCAGAAAAAUGACGGAAGAAGAUUCGGUAUUUGAUCCAACCUUGAAAAAAAAGAAAAAGAAGAAGAAGACUACUUUUGAUAUAGAUGCGGCUUUCAAUGAAGGAGGCAGCGGUGGAGAUGCAUCUGAAAACAUUGUUGAUAAGGAGAAUCAGGAACCUGAGCCAACAGUGGUGGAAGAUGAUGAGGCAUUGGAUUUGGAAAAUUUUGGUAAAAAAAAGAAAAAAAAGAAAAAGGCAUUUAACUUAGAUGAAUUAGAAGCAGCUUUACCUGAUACAAAGAAAGAGGAACUUGUAGAGCAACAGGUCGAAGAAAUUGUAGUAGAUGAUGAUUUUGACUUAGAUAUGGAUUUCUCAAAAACAAAGAAAAAGAAGAAAAAGAAGAAAGAUCUCGAUGAAUUAGUGGCUGAAGAAGAGCGCAAGGAAAUUGAAGACAAGGAGAAUGGCUGCACUGAAUCUGAGCGAAGUGCAGAGUAUGUGGAGGAACCGAGUUUGUGGGUGGGAUCGGAUAGAGAUUAUACAUACGAUGAAUUACUAGUUAGGGUGUUUAAUAUCAUGCGAGAGAAGAAUCCCGAUAUGGUAGCGGGUAAGAAACAGAAGUUUGUUAUGCGUCCGCCACAAGUAGUACGCAUUGGAACGAAAAAAACAUCUUUUGCUAAUUUUACCGAGAUUUGUAAAACAUUACAUAGACAACCUAAACAUUUACUAGACUUUCUGCUGGCGGAGUUAGGUACAAGCGGCUCUGUUGAUGGUAACAGUCAGUUAAUUAUCAAAGGCCGCUUUCAACAGAAACAAAUAGAAAAUGUUCUUAGAAGAUAUAUCAAAGAAUACGUUACGUGUCAUACGUGUCGUUCACCCGACACUAUUCUCCAAAAGGACACUCGACUCUUUUUUUUGCAAUGCGAAACCUGCGGUUCAAGAUGUUCUGUCGCUAGCAUAAAGUCUGGAUUCCAGGCUGUCACAGGAAAACGUGCUGCUAUUCGUGCGAAAACUGCCUAAGCAAUUCUUUAUCUAAGAAGAUGCUAAUGCAAAUAGAACAUUAUGAAUUAUAAAUAAACAAUACAAGUAAUUGCAUCUCAAAUUGACUUAAGUACACAAUUGUAGAUAAUAUUAGUUCGAACUGUCACAAAUUUAAUAUUAU